CACCUUUGUGCAGACAGACAAACCCAUUUACACACCAGGGCAGACAGUGAAGUUUAGGAUUGUGACUCUGAAUGAGGAGUUUGUUCCCCUUAACAGCAAGUACCCUGUGGUAGAACUUCAGUGCUGCCAAAAUUUGAGGUUUUCUUUGAGGGGCCAACUCAGAUUUAUGCACUGGAUAAAACCUUCCCACUCCAGGUGUGUGCCAGGUACCCCUAUGGGAGAGCAGUACUGGGCACCGUCCAGGUGACCCUCUGCCAGAAAGCUUGGCUGAACAAGCGGCCUCCACGACAUUUUGGCACCGAUAUCUGUGAAGAGUACAGUGGACAGACCAUCAGCAGGGGCUGCUUCUCCAUGUCUGUGAGCAUGACAGUCUUUAACCUCGCCUCCUACGAGUAUGACAACAAGCUCAGCGCAGAGGCCUCCCUGGUGGAAGAUGACACAGGGGUGCAAGUCAACGCCUCCAGCCAAUUCCUCAUCUCCAGGACUGCUGUGACAGCCACGUUUGAGAGGCUGGAUGAUUACUACCUCCCUGGAGUCCCCUACAGAGGGAAGAUUAAGCUACAGGACCAUCGUGGGGAUAUUAUGAAAAGCACAAAAGUUCACCUCGUGAUAAGCUAUAUGGGACGAUGGUUUAACAAAACAUACAUCACAGAUGGCACUGGGAGAGCUUCAUUCAACCUGGCCACAACGGCCUGGAAUAGCUCCUUGGUCUCUUUGGAGGGAAGAUUCAAACUGGCGGAGCCAAAGCAGGAACCUGGGAAGAUCAAUGUUGAUUAUGUGAACGCUUACCAGAACUUGCAGCCCUUUUAUGUCACAGCCAAGAGCUUCCUGAAGAUUCACCCGCCACCAGGAACACUGCUCUGUGGGCUGCAGCAGAAUGUCCAGGUUACAUUUGCCCUUAGCCGGAAAGACCUGGGGGAAAGAGCCAGCCGCAUGGAUUUCACUUACUAUGUCACUGGGAAAGCCGGGAUUGUCGCCAGGGGCCAGAAGAACAUACGGGUUGGGAAACUGAGCACACUGAAAGGCUCCUUCUCCAUCCCUCUGACUUUCACCUCCGACUUCACUCCUGCCCCUUCUUUAGUUGUGUAUGCCAUCUUUCCCAGCAAAGGGGUGGCAGCCGACAGCAUCCGCUUGGAUGUCGCCAUGUGCUUCAAAAACCAGGUGAAGAUGGGCUUCUCAGCUAAAGAAGCCCUCCCAGGAUCGACAGUCCAGCUCCAGCUUCAGGCAGCCUCAGGCUCGUUGUGUGCAGUGCGGGCAGUGGCCAAGAGCAUGCUCCUUGUGAGGCCAGAGAGAGAGCUGACCAACCAAACUGUCUAUGAGUUAUUCCCUUUCAUCCACCGCCAUGGGUACCCCUACCAAGUUGAGGAAUACCCAGAUCAAUGCAUGCAACAUCAUCUUUUAUUACCACUGGUGUCGUGGAGGCCUUCGUAUCCUUACCAACGGGAUGUCUUUAACCUCUUCAGGAGCAUGGGCCUGAAAGUGUUUUCCAACCUCCUGAUAAAGAAGCCGAUUGAGUGCUAUUAUCCCAUGGACAAGAUGCCGACAGCACCCCCACUGAGGCCCAUUGGCAUUCUGGGUAAGUGGAGCAUGGGCCUGAAAGUGUUUUCCAACCUCCUGAUAAAGAAGCCGAUUGAGUGCUAUUAUCCCAUGGACAAGAUGCCGACAGCACCCCCACUGAGGCCCAUUGGCAUUCUGGAGGCUCCUCGAGAACCCACUACUCCAGGGAGAGUUCACCAGUAUUUCCCUGAAACCUGGCUUUGGGAUUUGAUCUCUGUUGGUCCCACUGGAAACAGGAGCAUUCCAGUGACGGUGCCUGACGCCAUCACUGAGUGGAAAGCCGGGAUGUUCUGCGUGGCCAGGCUGGGCUCUGGACUUGCCCCCACCACGAGCCUUGUGACAUUCCAGCCCUUCUUUGUGGAUGUGAUGCUACCGCACUCUGUGGUCCAGGGAGAGACCUUCAUCCUGAAGGCCACCAUCUUCAACUACCUCCGGCAGUGCAUACAGAUACAAGUGACCCUGGCUAAAUCCCCAGACUUCUGGGUGGAGCUGUGCAGGAGCUGCAGCUACAGCCACUGCCUGUGUGCAGAAGAAUCCAGAACCUUCACAUGGGUUGUGACAGCCACAACACUGGGGAUGGUGAAUGUUACGGUCAGCACAGUGGUGAUGGACCACAUGCCCCAAUGUGGGGGCAGGAAAACCUUCCCCCCAGCAAUGCCAUGGAAGGAUACACUGAUCAAACCCCUGCUCGUCCGGCCGGAGGGAGUGCUCGUGGAGAAGGCUCAUAGCUGCCUGCUGUGCCCUAGAAGAGGAAAUACAGUCAAAGAUCCAGUGUCCCUCACCCUCCCUGCUAAUGUAAUGAAAGGAUCAGCCAGAGCUACCAUCUCUGUCUUGGGUGACAUCAUGGGGACGGCGCUGCAGAACCUGGACCAGCUGGUGCAGAUGCCCAGUGGCUGCGGGGAGCAGAACAUGGGGCUGUUUGCCCCCAUCAUCUACGUGCGGCAGUAUCUGGAACAGACAGGGCCGCUGAGUGAGGAGAUCAGGGAGAGGGCGACAGGAUUCCUGCGCAGCGGGUACCAGAGGCAGCUCCUGUACAAGCACAGUAAUGGCGCUUACAGUGCCUUUGGGGAGCACGACAGAGAGGGGAACACCUGGCUAACGGCAUUUGUAGUUAAGAGUUUUGCACAAGCCCAAAAAUACAUCUUCAUCGAUGACAAGAUCAUUCACGCCGCUCUGAAAUGGCUGCAGCUUCACCAGCUCCCCAGCGGCUGCUUCACCAACAAAGGGAGGCUCUUCCACUCUUCCAUGAAGGGCGGCAUGAAUGAUGAGAUCUCUCUGGGGGCCUACCUCACGGCCGCACUCCUAGAGAUGGGGCAGCCACUGAAGGGCAGCACAGUGCAGGCCGCCUUGCGUUGCCUCCUUCACACCGUUCACAAUGUCACCAACGUUUACACGGAAGCCGUGCUGGCCUACGCCUUCGCCCUGGCCGGGGACUACGAGGUGACCCAGGAGCUGCUGUACAGGCUGGAUGAACAGGCUAUCAAAUCAGGAGGCCAAAUCCACUGGAGCCCUAAGCCCAGCUCCCCAGCGGCCACAGAUUUCUGGCCUAGAACUCAGUCUGUGGAUGUGGAGCUGACAGCCUACGUGCUCCUGGCUUACCUCUCCAAACCGCGCAUAAACGCGGGGGACAUGGCAACUGCUGCUGGCAUUGUGGCCUGGCUGGCCAGGCAGCAGAACUCCCGCGGAGGGUUUGCUUCCACCCAGGACACGGUGGUUGCGCUGCAGGCCCUGGCGAAGUAUGCAGCCCGGACGUUCAGCACACUGGCACAGGUGACAGUGACAGUGAAGUCCAAGAGGAGCUUUGAGAGGAAGUUCCAGAUCACCCAGAAGAACCGGCUGCUGCUGCAGCAAGCGGUGCUGACAGAAGUCCCCGGGGAGUUCGUGGUGCAAGCCCAGGGCAGCGGCUGCAUCUAUGCCCAGACAGUGCUGAGAUACCACCAGCCUCCUCCCCGGGUCUCCAUGACCUUCUCUCUGCGCGUCACCACACAGCUGGGCGACUGUGCCAAGGGCAAUGGGCGCUUCCUCACUGUCCGCAUUCAUGUCAGCUACGUCGGGAGCAGAGUCACUUCCAACAUGGUGAUCGUGGAGGUCUCCCUGCUGUCUGGAUUCAGCCUGGCUUCGGGCUCCCGCACUUUGCUGCAACAGAGACCCCUUGUUAGGAAAACAGAGGUGAAACAUGAUGCAAUCUUCAUUUAUCUGGAAAAGCUAAGCGAUGAGUCUCAGACUUUCCUCCUGCAACUGGAACAAGAGGUGGAGGUGAAGGGCUUGAAACCAGCCAACAUCAAAGUCUAUGAUUUCUAUCAGCCAGAGGAGCGAGCGCUGGCUGACUAUAAUGCCGUCUGUAGCUGAGCGCAGGGGGAGGAGGCUGGAUGGACGUGGGGCAUCCAGCUCCCACCACAGCUCAGUAGGAUUCCUGCAGCCUCCUUGCCGGGAAGGCAAUGGCUGGGCUGCGUUGUGGGGGACCCGUGAGGGAUUCGUGGAGGAGCUUCCAGCUGGGGAGACUGGGUUAUUGCUUCCUGCCCUGCCCCCAGGUCCGGCCUGAUUUUUCUUCCAGGGGACGGUGUCUUUGGCUUCAAGUCCAUUUGCUCUGGGGAUUUGCCAGAGGAGAA